AUGACCACUCCCAACUCUCCGGAGCCAGUGGCCGAUUCGGCCAACGGCUCCGCCACCGCGUAUGGCACGCGCUCCAGAGGUCGCAAUGCCCCUCGGCCAAAUUAUGCUGAGGACCGUGAUCUGGACGCGGAUAUCGAUCUCUCUGCGCCAACCUCCAAGUCUGCCAAACGACAAAGCGGCGUGGCUCUCAAUAACAUCGUCAACGGCGCUCACCCGGAUGAGAAGACCUCAUCGGCGCAACCUAAAAAGAGCCAGACCAACGGUCACGGCACAAAUGGCUCGGCAAAAGACGCCAUUCCGGGCACUUCUUCAUUCUCUGCCAGGCCGGAUGAUGCUAAUGGGUCUAAUGUGAGGAAACGCAAACAACCGGCCAGCACGCCAAGCUCAACACCCACUUCCGGCAGUGCUGCCAAGAAGAUCUUCACCUCCCCACCAGGCGAUUCCGAGGGAGGCUAUAUCACCAAUAUGGUGAGCUUUGAAAGCUCCGGGCCAUAUUUACAAGACGGUCAAUUAAUAGCUGAUGAUGGCACCACUUUUGCCGUCAAUGACCACGUCUAUCUAAUUUGUGAACCUCCUGGUGAGCCUUAUUAUUUAGCAAGAAUUAUGGAAUUUCUUCCAUCGAAAACCAAACCCGGUGGUUAUAUUGAGUCCAUGAGGGUCAACUGGUAUUAUCGCCCACGAGAUAUUCAGCGCCAUUCUCCCGAUAGUCGAUUUGUUUUCGCUUCCAUGCACUCUGAUACCUGCCCUCUUUCUUCGCUGCGAGGCAGAUGCGACAUCCGCCAUGUAUCGGAGAUCGAGGACAUCGGUUCCUACAAGAAAAGGAGAAACAGCUUCUGGUACGACAAGAUGUUCGACCGAUAUAUUCAUCGUCUUUACGACGUCAUUCCAACUAAAGAUAUUAUCAAUGUUCCGGCAAAUGUUAAGAAGGUUCUUGAUGAACGCUGGAGAUUCAUUCUCGUCGAGAUUGGCAAAGGGAAGGAAUUGACGGGUGCCGUCAAAACUUGCAAGCGAUGCCGGUUAUACGCUGCAAACUCCGAAUCGGUGGACUGCGCCGUUUGCCAUUCGACUUAUCACAUGCAUUGUGUGCGACCCGCUUUGACCAAGAAACCUGCCCGAGGCUUCGCUUGGGCUUGUGCUGCUUGCAGUCGCGCCCAGGAGCGCAAACUUGAAGCACGCAAUACACCAUUGACCGGUAGCAUCCGAGCAGACGGUGAAGAUGUGAUUAUGGAAGACGAAGAGGAGGAGGAUCCUUAUCAGGCGAAUGGUGUAGCGAACGGUACCUCCGUCAGCACCCCCGCGGCGGAGGAAGAUUUCAUGCCUCUGCCCGCAACCGCGGAACAGAUCGCACAAGCCAAAAUGUGGCCUUAUCGAUACCUCGGUAUUCAUUGUCGCGUGGAGGAUGCUCUGGACUACGAUGAUCGAAUUUACCCUCGAGCCAGCUCACGUCUAGGAACUCGACACCAGGCAAUGGUCCCUGCUUGGCCAGGACGCGCAGUUGAAUACGUGAAACCUCUCGAUGCGAAGAAGAAAUCCAAGGUCUCUGGCAGCAAAAAGGAUGGCAAGCUUUCUAAGGAAGCGCAGGCAGCUCUGGAAGCGGCGAAGCAUGCGAGGGCAAACCGACCAAAAUGGGUCCAAGAUGAGCCCGUAGGCUAUAUCCAUCGCGGCCAGGACGAACCGGUCGCAAUUAACGGGAAACAAAUGCGCACCGCCGAACUUCUGUUCAAGAUGCCCACUGCUGAUCAGAUCUCCACCCGAGGCGAGGAUGAUGCACCUGGGUCACAUUUGAGUGAUGCAGAUCGGCAAAAGUUCAUCGACGAUUACAUGCGCCAAGCCAAAGAACUUGCCCCCGGUAUUGGAGUUGAGAAAUACUCCACGAACUUCCUCGACAGAGCCAUUCAACUUCUCUACUCCGAGAGCUUCGAUGCCCAGGCGGCUCUUGCCAAGCUAAAGAAGACCAACAAGUACAAGGAUCUCAAGGAGCCUCACAUUCGACCGGAGGAGCUCAAGUUAUUUGAACAGGGAGUUGCCAAGUAUGGAUCCGAAUGGCGCAAUAUUAUGAAGCACGUCAAGACUGUCCAUAUCUAUCAGAUUGUCCGAUUCUACUACAUGUGGAAGAAGACACCCAGCGGUCGUAAGAUCUGGGGCAGUUAUGAAGGCAGACGUGGCAAGAAGGAGGUCCGCCGCCACAGUGUCGUUUCAUCCAAACUCCUCGAUGAUGUAGCCGACGACCAUGACGAUUCUUCCUUUGAUCCUGAGAAAGCCGUCGUUCUGAAACGUGGGUUCCAUUGCAAGUUCUGUUCAACCCGUCACUCGCGGCAAUGGCGCCGCGCGCCGCUCGUACCACCGGGUACCGUUAUUCCAUCGGAGCCUUCUAACAAGAAAGACAAGGGUCCCAUGCUCACUGUUUCGCUCUGUCUUCGCUGCGCUCUGCUGUGGCGGAAAUAUGGAAUCCAGUACGAGGACGUUGACGAGGUUGCAAAGAGGAUCGCAAGCAGCGGCAACAAGUCAUGGCGACGACGAAUUGACGAGGAGAUGCUUGCGCAAUUGAUUGUAGCUACCGAAACCCCAUUCGUGAUCACCAAUGCUACGGCAACGACAGCCACGGCGAUGGGUAUCCCGCUUGAUACGAAUCCUCGACUUUUGCUGGAAGGCAAGGUGGAGCCGACGAAGAAGAAGACCAAGGAAACACCUGCGCCUUCAACCGCGACGUCUGUCGAGCCUAUGCCGAAAAAGAAGGCCGUUGUUGAGAAGGUAGUGGAGGCUCCACCAAUUAUUCCCGAUCCUCCCAAGGCCAAGACCCUGCCUUGUGCGAUUUGCAAUCAAGUCGAACCUUCGGGCGAAGAGCAUCUUUCUUGUCGAGACUGCCGUCUCACAGUCCAUCGCAAUUGUUAUGGUGUACGAGAUUCGCGCGUCACCAGCAAAUGGCUGUGCGAUAUGUGCUCCAACGAUCGCAGCCCGUCGAUUUCUACAAAUUACACAUGCGUUCUUUGCCCAGUUUCAUGGACCGAGCACGAUCUCAUGGAAACGCCCAAGAAUACCUCCCGCAAGAAGACCGAGCGUGAUAAGGAGAAGGAACGUAUGGAGAAGGAAAUGGUCGCCGAGGCGAUCAAGCUCUAUCGCCAGCGGCAGGAGGCUGUUGGAAAGCCCGUCGGUCCUCGUGAGCCCCUCAAGCGUACCGCAGGUAACAAUUGGGCACACGUGCUUUGCACCAUGUGGACCCCAGAAUUGAAAUACGGCGACGCACGGGAGCUUGAACCUGCUGAAGGAUUCGGAUCCAUUCCUAAGGAGCGCUGGCGCGAGACAUGCAAAGUGUGCAAGUCAAGCAAGGGUGCAUGUGUGCCCUGCAGCUUUGCUGGGUGCAAUGCUCACUUCCACAUUGGCUGUGCUUUCCAAGCACACUAUCGAUUCGGCUUCGAUGUUACACCCAUCAAAAGUUCACGCCGAGACAGCAUGCGAUCUAUCCGCCUGGGUGAAGACGUUGGAGUGGCGACACCUGCUAUUUACUGUCCGAACCACUCUGUGCCGGCUGCUAUGCACGAAAUCGGCGAACAGACAAGCCAGGGCCAUCUCAACGCCCUGCAGUUGUUCGCCCAGACCUAUAAGCAGGCUGAUCUUACACUCACUGGAACGGUUCGGAAGGCAGCGUAUAUGCACCAAUCCGUUGGGGCCCCGGCAAACCCUUCCACCACUGCACAUCGCCGAGCCUCAACGACCACUACGCCAGCUUUGAAAGAUACCCACAAAGUUCACCCAGAGGAUGGACCCGAAGACCCCAUGGAUAUCGAUACAGAUAAUCAAGUUGCACCGCGACCAACCGCUGCUGGUGUCGAAACCACUCGCAAAUGUGUCCGUUGUGCUACUGGCUUUAGUCCUAGGUGGUGGGCCGUUGGGCGACGACCCAUCAUGGCCAAUGGCUCAGGACACCCACAUCACCCGCAUCAAGGUCCUUUCUCUCAUCACAAUGGAGAUCCUACCGAGCUAGCAUAUGAGUGUCACAAGUGUCACUUGAAGAACCCAGCGCCCCCACCACCUCCUCCACCGCCUGCGCCAGAGGCUACGCCCGACCAACGGCCCUCGCCAUACUCUGCUCAACGUCCUAUGAUACCCACUUCACGGAUGCCUACUCAUGCAACUCAUACGUUCUUGCCGCACCCACACCCACAUCCUCCUCCCCCAAGUGGAGUGCUUGGGCGGCCGAUGCCCCCGACUCACGCACCCAGCGGGCUCUCCGGACCAGGAUACACUGGACCAUACGAGCAACGCCCCGCGCCAGACAUGGGUCUUCGUAACGGCAUGUCACAAUCUCCCUAUCCUACAGCACCACCACCUCCUCCCCAUCACAUGAACAGUUAUGCGCCGCCCCAUCCCGCAGGCCCACCACCUCAACACUAUACCAGCGCUGGACCCCCGGGGCCGCCACCCCCAUAUCCCACGCAUCAAAGCCCAUAUGGUCCUGUGCCAUCCCGCUCGCCCCAUCUUUCACAGGCGCCCCCGCGAUCAUAUGCAGCCUCUGCAUCCCCUCCAAUUGUGCAGGCAACGACGAUCAAUCGUUCACCUCAGACCUCGCUGUCCGCUCUCAAUGGCGGCCCACCUCCUCGAAUUUACUCUGUCGACCGUGUGAUAGGAGCUCCCUCUCACUCACCCCCAGUGACCCAGGCUCGCAUGGAUCCGCGGGGGCCCACCCCUCCCAAUCGACCUGAAGAUACACCAUCUACCCACAUGGGUGGGCCACCUAGCAGUCGGCACUCAGGCGUCAACGGUGCACCCGGGACCGGAGCGAGCGCAAGCCCAUCCCUCAAGAACCUUCUCUCAUAA